UCUUCCAGCUUGGGCCUCUCCCUGAUAACCGAAUGUGGUCUCCGACUCCCUCAUCUGAGCACCCCUGAACCCCUGGUCUCCAGCCCCCACUGUGGGUGGGACCAGAACCCGGCCUCAAGGAAUGCCCGCCCCUUCAGGUCCGUUACCGGGAUACUGGGGCUAAGGCAUUUCCUGCCUAGAUGUCUUGGCGACUCCCGCUGCCUCGGAGACCUGCUUGGGAGCUAGGGGACGCUACUCUGGCCCAGCGAGCGGCAGAAGAAAGAGGACAGAGGUCUUGGACUAGUUGAACAGGUGGCUGGCUGAGCAGGGAUCUGGGCUAGGGACCACUCUCCCAUCCACCCGCAUUUGUACACACCUCCCCAACCUCACCCCGGAGUAGAUCUGUCUCAGGCAUUUCCCGAGAGAGGAGGUCCAGAGUUGGUGGCUCAAAGCCCCAACAGAUCCGUCUCUUCCCCACUGUAGCCAUGUUUGUCACGGUGAUGUUUGGAGUUCCUAGAUCAGGGCUGGGGUAUGGCUCGUGCGGGAACCUUAAGUUGUGCGCCCCAGUUAUCCACAUCUGUCAAGAUGGAUGGAUGUCUGCAAAGAAGUUUAUGCAAAAUUGCCUGGACUACUGUGCCUGGGCCGGCUGCGGGGAGCUGGUGAACCCCUGGUGCAGCCUAACGGCCCUCACUGCCCACUUAAAGCAGAGGGGGCAGGUCCCCCCAGAUGCCUCUCUCCAUGCCUUCCCAGAAACCAUUGCCCUCUUAGCUGAGGAUGGACAACUUGUGAGCCUAGGUGAGGACCUAGAGGAGAAGACUUCCCCAGCCUCCUCCAAGGGCAGUCCUCUUCUACAGGAACGAGGGACAUAUGUCCUUGUGAAAAUCAUCAGGGGGGAGGAUGGGGCACCUACCCGCUAUGAGUCCCUACUAGAGAACCUGGAUGAUCAGUGUCCGGAGCUGGCAGGUAAGUGUCAAGGUAGAACCCUGGGAGGAAAGGCAUUUCUUCUCCCCCAGUCCCACCAUCAGGGUUUCCUGGGUCUUUCAGAGGAGCUGCGCUGGCUAUCAGGCGUCCCCACCAUGGGUAAUGGCCGGAGGAGACGCAUGAGCACUCGGCGUAGCCAUCGAGAACUAGAGCCCCCUUCAAGAGCUGGAAGGGUGAGCUCCCUGCCAUCCAGGACUCGCUAGCUGGGGCCAGGAGCCAGGUAUGGAAGAGCAGGUCCCAUGACCUGGCAUACCACAGCCAAGUGGACAAGCUGGACUCGGAGUCAAGGGGGCUGGCUAUGACCUGACUCAUGUGAUAAGAUGCAAAUAGACAACAGCCCAGCAAGAUUCCUCUGCCCAAUCCAGAAUUACUGAGACUUUGCAUCAUUAAAAGGAGCAAGGUCACAGAAAGGUUGUGAGGCCUGAGGGGGAAAGCCCCUAUGAUGUGGGUGCAGAGAAAGGCGCCCAGAGACAAAAGCACAAAAGGUGGUGGCAGAAGAGGCCCUUGACAGGUAGAAACAAAAGGCUUCUUCUGGGAUUCCAGCCCCCAAAGUCAGAUGCUCUUGAGAUCACCUGCUAAUGCCUCAUCAUCUCCCUUUGGGCUGCCCAAAGUAGUCCACCCUUGACUGCCCUAAGUACAGAUUAUUACAGGACUCUUCCCACCCUACCCAGGAUGUCUGUUGCAGGUGAUACACAGCACACUACAGUGAGAUAUCCAUCCACCUCCCCUAAUCCCAGUUCAUUAUCUAGGGUGCUUCCAGCAGACAGGCCAGCAAGAGGACACACAAUAGGCUGUGAUUUAAAAUAAACUCUUUAAUUGCA